UCCCAAUCACGGCCGGAUGUGAUUAGGCCUGGAUUCUCAUUAGGGACUGUCGUGUCUCCUUUUGCACUGAGAUGCAGUGCCUUAGACCCCUAAUCCACUUGGCACGAGGAAGGACUAAAUCUAUUAAAAUAGUGGAGUAGGGUGGUAUUAUUAUUAUUAUAACCUAUAACCUGUUAGUGUAGUGUUUAUGGUAUGUGUUUAUUUAUUUGUCAAGCAAAGUAUAUAGUAGGUGGUAAUGCAAUAUAUUGGAUGCCAGCCGCCGUGAAACCUCCUCGAAGAAGAAGUAAUGAGAUGGACGUCAGCAGUCACAAGACCACAACAGAGUAGAUCACUCUGGCUCGCUCCCCCAGUCGCAGAUGUGUAUAAUGUGGGCUGUUCUACAGGCACGAUGGCUAUGACAAACUUGGAACGUCUCUUGGGAUCUGGAUGUGUGAUCUCCGUUGAAUUACGGCACAGGCGUCACUAAAUUUGCAAGAACUCUUCAGACUAAAGAAUACACGUCUCGUCUGGGGGCGUUAUCACAUCAGCUUGCGCGCGGCUUUGUCUGUGCGUGGCUAAUGUUAUUGUCAGGCUAUCUAGCUGACUAGUCCAAGCAUCACAGUAGAAAGCUAGCAAGACAAUAUUGUGUGGUUACAUCGGCGCUAAACUAGCUAGAUUGGCGCUUUAGUAGGAGCUGGUGUGUAUGUGAUGUUCUCCGUACUUUCGUACGGUAGACUUGUUGCCAGAGCUGUUAUUGGCGGACUCUCUCAAACGGAUAGCGGUGACUACAGCCUGGUAACGGCAAGAUGUGGGUUUGGGAAGGAUUUUCGAAAAGGUAUCUUGAAGAAAGGGAUGUGCUAUGGCGACGACGCUUGCUUUAUUGCCCGACAUAGAUCUGCCGAUGUUUUGGGUGUUGCAGAUGGAGUGGGGGGUUGGAGAGACUACGGGGUGGAUCCAUCCCAGUUUUCAGGGACCCUGAUGAAGACGUGUGAGCGGCUGGUAAAGGAGGGACGCUUUGUUCCAGGCAACCCUGUGGGCGUCCUCACAAGCAGCUACUACGAGCUCCUACAGAACAAAGUGCCUCUGCUAGGCAGCAGCACGGCCUGUAUCGUGGUGCUGGACCGGCAGAGUCACAGGCUGCACACAGCCAACCUGGGAGACUCUGGCUUCCUGGUGGUGCGGGGAGGAGAGGUAGUGCACCGCUCCGAUGAACAGCAGCAUUACUUUAACACCCCCUUCCAGCUCUCUAUCGCCCCGCCUGAGGCAGAGGGGGCUGUCCUCAGUGACAGUCCUGAUGCUGCAGACAGCUCCUCCUUUGACGUCCAGUUGGGGGACAUCAUUCUCACAGCCACAGAUGGCCUCUUCGAUAACAUGCCCGAACACAUGAUCCUUCAGGAGUUGAAAAAACUGAAGAACACUAACUAUGAGAGUAUCCAGCAGACAGCCAGGAGCAUUGCAGAGCAGGCCCAUGUUCUGGCAUACAACCCCAACUACAUGUCACCUUUUGCACAGUUUGCCUGUGACAAUGGGCUGAAUGUAAGAGGAGGAAAGCCAGAUGACAUCACUGUGUUGCUGUCAAUAGUGGCAGAGUACCCAAACUAGAGAUUGUAUGGAGGCUAGUAUGGGAAUUAGGAGUUUCCUCUUGUCUGCCCCUUGAAGAUGUCAGACUGCUUUGGUUCCUGCUGGCGGGGAUUAAGGACUGAUGUUGGUGGCUGAGCUGCCCUGCUGAGACCAUCAUUCCUCCAGGAUUCAAUCAGGCCCAUCUCUCAGAUGGAACACUGACAAUACAUGCACUGACUUCACCAUCAGAACUGAGUGUUAAUCUUUAAUAGACUGAAGACAUGGAUGAAUAAAGCAGAGGGUUGUCUGACACAUCUGCUAGGCUACCUGCUGCAAAGUAUCGAUCUUGGAAAGUCUCUAGUUGUCUUUGACCUAAUCCCUGUUCAAUGGGAUAAAGGAUGUAGUCGUGUUGAAGAUGAAGCUCUGGCUCUCACAUGAGGAACAAGUCUGUUAUUUUGGGAUUUGGGCUGUAAAACAAAGCCCAGAAGGUAGAGAUUAAGAAUCUGGGUCAGUAGUAGCCAGUGAAAAGUUGAUUGGGUCAGGAAUGAAAAUCUAUGGAUCGUACAUGUGAGUGUUCCAUCAUGAGCUGAGCUGAUUUGCAGACCGUAAGUAACAUCAGAAUACGAUACUGAAAGAGAGCGGCUCUCCAGUUAGACUGGUCCAUGACUCGCUGACCCCUGUCCCGGUCAGAGGAAUAAGGCAACCUCAGAGUUAUCUACAAUAGAGAACUUUAGUUCAAGAGGACAUAUGAGAUGAAUGUGGUUCUGUACAGAGACGAGAGAUUAAUGAAUAUACUGUACAUAAUAAACAUUGCAUGAGAAUAAAAGGAGUAAUAGCACAAGCAAUAAUAAUAUUGACUGUAUAAGGAGAUGGUGACAUAAGCAAAGGACUUGUAUAACACAGAAUCCAUUAUAACAAGCAAUAGUAACAAACAGUAAAUCUUCAAGGUUCAAUAUCAUCACUCACCACUGUCCACACACUCAUCACUCUUACCACUUGGAGAGAGACUGAGGAGGCUCUGACCUGAGCAGGCAGGACUGUCCGGUGUCCUGCCCUCUAGCAACAUAUUGGUGAUCUAGUAGCAGAGGUCACUGGGUUUGGGGAUCCCUUAGUCUCUCUGGCACCAGCAGGGAUUGGUAGAGUGAGCUGCAUAAAGUUAGAAAACUCACAGGCAGGAGAAUCCUUAAGAUCUACCAUCAAGUCUGAAUAAUAAGGCCUCGAAAAACAACUUUCAGUGACUCAGAUUAAACAAAUCAAAUUAAUAAUAAAUGAUAUUGAAGGGCAAACAUUUUUAUGUAGGCAUAAGGGCAUGUGUCUAUGUGAUGUGAAUGAAUGUUGUUGAAAUGUUUUGGUAUAUUUUUGGACAAGUGACAUUUUAAGUUGUUUGACUGAUCUAAUGGAUUGUAUGAAGACCAGGUGCCGUUGCUGCAUAUCAGUUUCUGACUGUUCACUGGAAGCGCUACUUUGUCGCAGGCCUACUGUUUUCAACUCUUUCUCUCACUCUCAACCUCAAUGGUCUGCUAUGAAAAGCCAACUGAUAUUUACUCACAGUGUUAUACUGUUGCACCCUCUAUAACCACUUUGGUUAUGACUCUGCUGGUCAUCUAUGACCGUUUAAACGUCUUUAAGAACGAUCUGGCCUUAAUGGCCAUGUACUGUUAUAAUCGCCACCCGGCAGAGCCUGGUUCCUCUAGGUGAUUCCUGCCUUUCUAGAGUUUUUCCUAGCCACUGUGCUUCUACAUCUGCAUUGCUUGCUCUUUGGGGUUUUAGGCUGGGAAUCUAUAUAGCACUUUGACACCUGCUCUUGUAAAAUGGGCUUUUAUAAAAUACAUUUGAGUGCAAUUUGGGUUGUACAUGGACCAAGUUAAUUGUUUUUAAGGAUGGGACAUUUUGACUUGAUGUUUCUGUUAAAUCUAUCAAUUUUUAUUUGUCACAUACACAUGGUUAGCGGAUGUUAAUGCGAGUGUAGCGAAAUGCUUGUGCAGUUUCCAAGGAACGCGAAGCGAGGCGGCCAUCUCUGUCGGCGCCGGAAGUACUCACUCCUGCUGUGAUGCAAAGGGUGUGACUGCAAGUGAUGUGGAAGGUUAUUGGGUGAUGGAGUAACCUCUAGCCUGUCUGAUUUUAUAUUGUAUACAUUUGUAAUGUUUUAUUUUAAUUUUAUCUAGGCUACACAGCUUUCUUCAGUAUCCACUGGGAUGCAAUGGUAAUGACCAUUUACGCACAAGGUUAAAGAAAGCAUAUCUGAAAACUCACAAUGGAUGUUGGUCAGGUGACCAUGUUUUUUUAACUUGUUUUACAGCUUCAAUUUAGCUUUAGGCAUAAUUGUUCACAAUCAGCAUUUCCUUGUCUCAUCAGUUGUCCCUGCUGUAAAGCUCCAAUAGGACAUUUCAUUAAGUGAUAAUAAUCAGGUCACUUAUUUCAUCUUUAAUUGCAGGUUUUCAUUUUCAUUGUUGCUGCAGACAAAUGCACUGUGCAUUUACAACAUUACUUGUGUGCAGCAACAUUUUAAGAGUAACAUGUACUAUGCACAUGUUGAUUUAAACAGCUAAUGAACACAGAGCAGAAACUGACAAGUAGCCAUAUUUAACACUUUUCCCAUCAUGCCCUGCUGUCUUAAUUAAUUUACGGCAUCUGAUCGGAGACCUCAUUCCCUUUCAAUGUGUUCAAUGCUUUUCACCAUGGGACAUAUGUGAAUGAACAAGCUAUUAUUAUUUUUAAGGCUUGAAAAAGUAUGACAUGAUCUUAGAAUCCUUCAUAUUCUGUGUAUCAUCUGAGGUACCCUUGGUGGUGUUCUUGUUGAUGUAACAGUGCACCCUCACUGAAGGCUUCUGUCCUGCUUCAAGGGCUCUCCCCUAACCAGGAAAAAAAUAUUGAUUCUGGUACAGACUGGCUAUCAGGUGUUUCAUCAUUAACAAUACCCUGCAUGCCUUUCAUAUUGUGCAGGGAGAUGAAAGGCAUCAGCACUGGAUGACAAAUGUUUUUGUAAGCAUUAUGGCACUAGAGGUUGACAAUAACCUCACCAACCUUGAAAGUACAAGCAAUUCUCCCUGUCAGAUGGCACUAUAUCAAAGCUAGCUUCCCCAUGAUGUCCGGGUCUCCACUGGCCUAGUGACCUGAUCAGACAGUUUUGUUCUGUUGGCCAAUUCUAGACUUCAGUUCAAAAAGCAAAGUUUGUUACAAUGAGAGCUGCUUGUAUCUUUAUUUUGAUUGUACAGUUCAAUGCAGAGGCAGGUUCUAUUAAACAUGUUUUAAUAGAAGCUGUCAUAUUUAAAUAAAGAGCAUAGUAUUUAUUACCCUUGUUCUUUUCCUUUAACAGAAGACCCUUGUCAUAGGUUUUUCUUGUGUCAAUAUUGUUUGUUCACUGGUCUCUGAAAGUUAUAUUUACUUGCACAGUAGGCUGAACAUGUCCUGAGAUAAUGAACACGUUAAAAGCACACGAGCAUCUAGAACAAGAACAGGCUACAAGUGUGAUACCAGCUAGGUAAGCUAUACUGUUACACAUGAUCAUGUGUUUCUGAUAGAGAACUUUCCAUAGUUGUUCUCUCUUCAGAUGGAACCCUGAAGAGAGGGUAGCAAUUCACUACUGUGGCUUGUCAAUGCCUCUGCCUCAGUACCACAGUGGACCAGACUCACUAUGAGCCGGUUUCCCUCGCAGUUGUCUACUCUUAUGCAACCAGAGGAAACUGCCUGAAGCUACAAGAGAAUGCUCAGUGUGAUCUGUAUGUUUAGUUACACAUUCCUCAGGUGUGGCAUCCAUGCGCUUGCCUUGAGGAAUGUUUUCAUGGGCAGGUCUAGAUCAACUACACUAUACAUCACUUAAAAGAGAUUCUGAUACUUUUUAGCCAGUAGUUCUGAAAGUAGCACUCACGAGCCAAAAGUGGACUCGUGCAGAUAUGUGCACCACAUCAUUGCUCUCUCUCUCUCCUGUGUGUACAUCUUGCUAGCUGUCACUCAUUAUGUUUAUGCAUGUAUGAACUACACAUCCAGCCCAAAGUGGGAGUUAAAAAAUAAAUCUUCUCGCAAAAUGUCCGGAGUCUUUAUGUUUUUGAUGUCUGACUUUCAAAUCUACUCUCCUCCUUGCAACAGAUGCACAUAUACCAUUGGAAUAACUUAUUUGUAAGUAAAAACAAAUAGUUCAUAAAAUAUGGCCAUCAUUUAAAGCACUCAAAUUUAAAUAUUAAAUACAAUUACAUUUGUCAUGACUGUCCUGUGAGGAUCACAAUGGGUCAGGUCAGCUUGGCAAUGGUUACAAUAACCAGACCUUCUCUCACCCACAGAAGAGAUGAAGAGGGAACUGGACCGGUUUGACAGUUCACACCCUGUUGUAAAUUACAGGAGAAGAGGGCUCCUUCUCCCCCUCCAGUAAAAUCCACCAGAGGAAUUGUUAAUAGGUGUUUCGUGCUGAAAGUCAAAAGUGGAAAGUGGAACAAUAAUUCUAACAUAAGAAUGUGGGGAGCUAUAAAAAAAAACUCAUACCAUUUUUUAAGACAUCACAAAAUGAAAAGCAGUAUGGAUGAAAUACUAAGUAU